CGUACAUCUCGCGAUACUUCCAACCUCUACCAAAACUGAGAACUUAACAUGCAAUCAACACAGACAAAUUAUCGCCACACAGGCACUUAAGGUCUGAACUGCUUCAAUCAUCAACCUGCUGUUUCCAUGACAACCCCUCCACUAGUGUCACCUUUCAGCGGGCAGCCACCGCCUCAGCAGCAACAGCAGCAGCAGCAACAGCAGCAGCAGGCCCAGGCAGCUCGUGAUGUCAACACGGCCUCGCUGUGCCGCAUUGGCCAGGAGACGGUCCAAGACAUUGUCCUCAGGACCAUGGAGAUCUUCCAGCUUCUCAGGAACAUGCAGCUGCCUAAUGGAGUCACUUACCACCCCAACACCCAUCAGGAUAGACUGGGAAAACUGCAAGAGCAUCUUCGCACGCUUUCCGUGCUCUUCCGCAAACUGCGCCUCGUCUACGACAAAUGUUCCGAAAACUGUGCCGGGCUCGACCCGAUACUUCCAGAGCAACUGAUACCCUUUAUGGACGAUGACGGCACCAAACACGACGACCACUCAGCCGGCCAGAACCGCCCUGCAGCCGAGGACAGGAGAGAAAUCCAGGAGGUCAACAAGAAGCUGAAGCAGAAGAACCAACAGUUGAAGCAGAUCAUGGAUCAACUCCGCAACCUCAUCUGGGAAAUCAACUCCAUGUUGGCUGUCAGAAGCUGAAAGACACCAGAAGAACUGCUACCAUGAAGACACUGCACAUUUGCUGAGGUGGCACUUUAGUGACAAAGCAAGGACUUCAUUCUGCAAAGUGGAAAGAUGAAGACGACAUACCACCGAGGAAUGAGUUGAAAAUAUGCAACCCACAAGAAAAAAAAA